AUGACCGAAGUGACUCUUGGGCGAUAUCUCUUCGAACGGCUCCACCAGCUCGAUGUCACCACCAUCUUCGGGCUUCCCGGCGACUUCAACCUCUCGCUCCUCGACAAGGUGUACGAGGUGCCUGGAAUGAAGUGGGCAGGGAAUGCCAACGAGCUCAAUGCCGCCUACGCCGCCGACGGGUACCUGCGCAUCAAGCGUUUGGCGUGCUUGGUGACCACCUUUGGAGUGGGCGAGCUUUCGGCCCUCAACGGUAUUGGCGGUGCCUACGCCGAGCAUGUGGGCCUCGUGCAUGUUGUGGGGGUGCCGUCGAUCGCCUCGCAGGCCAAGCAGUUGUUGUUGCAUCACACCCUUGGCAACGGCGACUUCACCGUCUUCCACCGCAUGUCCAACAACAUCAGCCACACCACUGCGUUCAUCUCCGACAUCUCCACGGCGCCCGCCGAGAUCGACCGGUGUAUCCGCGACGCCUGGGUGUGCCAACGCCCGGUGUAUAUCGGACUUCCCGCCAACUUGGUGGACUUGAAAGUGCCCGCCAACUUGCUCCACACCCCCAUCGACUUGGGGUUGAAGCCAAACGAGCCUGAGGCCCAGCACGAGGUGGUGGAGUCCAUCUUGCACUUGUUGCGCCACGCCAACAACCCCAUCGUGUUGGUGGACGCCUGUGCCUCCCGCCACCACUGCACUCGCGAGGUGGAGCGUUUGGUGGACCUCACCCAGUUUCCGGUAUUCACCACCCCUAUGGGCAAGUCCGGGUUUAACGAAGCCCAUCCCCGGUUUGCUGGAGUGUAUGUGGGCACACUUUCGCAGCCAGAGGUGCGGCUGGCAGUAGAAGCAGCGGACCUCAUUCUUUCGGUGGGAGCCUUGCUUUCGGAUUUUAACACUGGCUCGUUUUCCUACUCUUACAAGACCAAGAACCUCGUGGAGUUUCACUCCGACUACACCAAGAUCCGUCAGGCCACAUUUCCGGGAGUCCAGAUGAAGGAGACGUUGGCCAGCUUGCUCGCGCAAAUCGAGACCGCGGGUGGGGCCGUUAAUCCCGGCUACAUUCCCCCUCCCAUCGUUCGGCCAUCGGUAAUACCGGGGCCUGCUUCCCCAGAAACCAUCCUUACCCAAGAGUACUUGUGGACCCAGGUGUCGUCGUGGUUCCGCGAGGGCGACAUCAUCGUCACCGAGACGGGGACCUCGGCGUUCGGAAUCGUCCAGUCCCGGUUCCCCAACCACACCAUCGGUAUUUCCCAGGUGCUAUGGGGAAGUAUCGGGUUUACGGUGGGUGCCACUUUUGGGGCUGCUAUGGCCGCUCUCGAGCUCGACCCGUCCCGUCGGGUCAUUUUAUUCGUGGGGGACGGGUCGCUUCAGUUGACGGUCCAGGAGAUUUCGUCCAUGUGUAAGUGGGAGUGCAAUAACACCUACUUGUUUGUGUUGAACAACGAUGGCUACACCAUCGAGCGGUUGAUCCACGGUAUGAACGCCACGUACAACGAUAUCCAGCCCUGGAACAACUUGGGUAUCUUGCCUUUAUUCAACGCCAAACGGUACGAAGCCAUUCGAGUGGCCACUACGGGCGAGUUGGACCGGUUAUUUGCAGACGAAAAGUUUGGAACUCCCGACCGGAUCCGUAUGAUUGAGGUGAUGUUGCCACGGAUGGACGCUCCAUCCAACCUUGUGGCCCAGGCCAAGUUGUCGGAGCUGACGAACAUGGAAGGGUAA